GUUUAAAAUUUAAGUUGUUUUGAAGAGGGACGAGAGGAAGGCACGCGCUCUCCUCCCUGCAGGGGACGGUUACGGGACCGGACAGACAGACAGACAGGCAGACAGACAGACAGGCUCCUCGAGGCUCCGUGGAGAAUCAGCGGCGAUGGCACAUCAUCAGCCCCAGUGAUGAGGAGAGUGUAACUCCACGGUGCAGCAGUGCGUAAAGUCUUCGCUCGGUUGGUUUGCGGAGCUUUUCUCCUUUCUAUUUUUUUAUUUUUUUUUAACACGUUUCUCACGUUUCUUCGGGAGAUUCUUGUUAAAACAACAGAAGAACUUGGGAGUCACUCACUGUUUGCAGUGAUUGUUCAUCAGGCCUCCGUCAGCCGCGCGGUUCGACUGGAAAAGCUUUUAGAAAAGGCGCAGGAAAAACCCUCUGGCACAAUGUCGAGGAUGCUCCGAGAGGGCGCGCAGACCGCAGAGCCAGCAGCAUGACUGGCAGCCCUGAGACACAGGAGGACACGGGGGACAAGUGGAGCUGAGAGGAGCGUAGUCUUUGCUGCUUUUUUAUUAAAGGGACCUUUUUUAACCGGACGCAAUGCGUGACAUUUGGCUUUUAUCCUCGGCUUCUUCGACGUGACACUGUGUCUGUUCGCCUCUUUGCCCCCCCCCCCCCAGUGCGCCAGGACGCUGCGUCUGCCUCUGCUGUUGAACUGGAGCACAGGUCGAAGCCGCUGGGUCAAAACACCGAUUGAAGAGAGUUCAAGAGGUUGUUUUUAGUGCGAGGAACCCCCCCCCCCCACCACCACCACCACCACCACCAGGAGCCCUGCUGCUCUUCUCAACGCCAUGGAUGACUCGGGGAUAAUCCGGCGCCGGAGGCUGCAGAAGGAUUUGCCACUGCCUCGCAAGAACAGUUGCCGUACGAGCAACAGGAAAAGUCUAAUCCUGACCACCACGUCUCCCACGCUGCCUCGGCCCCACUCCCCUCUCCCCCUUCCCGGACACAUCGGAAGCAGUCCUCUGGACAGCCCGCGGAACUUCUCACCCAGCAACCCUGCACACUUCUCCUUCGCCUCCUCCAGAAGAGCGGACGGACGACGGUGGUCUUUGGCGUCUUUGCCGUCUUCUGGAUAUGGCACCAACACUCCCAGCUCGACGUCCUCCAGCUCCUCUCAGGAACGGUUGCACCAGCUGCCCUUCCAGCCCACCAUGGACGAGCUCCACUUCUUAUCCAAGCACUUCGGCAGCACCGAGAGCAUCACGGAUGAGGACGGGGGCCGCUGCUCCCCCCACAUGCGCCCCCGCUCCCGCAGUCUCAGCCCAGGACGUUCUUCUUCCUGCUACGACAACGAGAUAGUCAUGAUGAACCAUGUGUACAAAGAGCGCUUUCCAAAGGCCACAGCCCAGAUGGAGGGCCGGCUCGCCGAGUUCAUCCAGUGUUUCUCUCCUGAAAACGUCCUCCCGCUGGCCGACGGGGUCCUCAGCUUCAUCCACCACCAGAUCGCUGAGCUGUCCAGAGACUGCCUGACCAAAUCCCAGGAGGGCCUCAUCACCUCCGUCUACUUCUUCGAGCUGCAGGAGAACCUGGAGAAGCUUCUUCAAGACGCCUUUGAGCGUUCGGAGAGCUCCGAGGUCGCCUUCGUCACAGAGUUGGCGAAGAAGCUUCUCAUCAUCAUCUCCCGGACCGCCAGGCUUCUGGAGUGUCUGGAGUUUAACCCGGAGGAGUUCUACCACCUGCUGGAGGCGGCGGAGGACCACGCCAAGGAGGGUCACCUGAUGAAAACGGACAUUCCUCGUUACAUCAUCAGCCAGCUGGGACUGACCCGAGACCCUAUCGAAGAGAUGGUGCACCUCGAUAGCUACGACAGCGAGGGGCCGCUGACCCCCGAAACAGAUGACUCGACAGAGGGUAAGAUUAGAGCAAUGAAGCCCCCAGAGGAAGCAGACUUCCAGACCAUCAAGCUGAUCAGUAAUGGAGCGUACGGUGCCGUGUACCUGGUGCGUCAUCUGGAGACACGGCAGCGGUUCGCCAUGAAGAAGAUCAACAAGCAGAACCUGAUCCUGAGGAACCAGAUCCAGCAGGCCUUCGUGGAAAGAGACAUCCUCACCUUCGCGGAGAACCCCUUUGUCGUCUCCAUGUUCUGUUCCUUCGAAACCCGUCGGCACCUCUGCAUGGUCAUGGAGUACGUAGAAGGUGGAGACUGUGCGACUCUGCUGAAGAACAUCGGGGCUCUGCCGGUGGAAAUGGCUCGCAUGUACUUUGCAGAGACGGUCCUUGCACUGGAGUACUUACACAACUAUGGCAUUGUACAUCGAGACCUCAAACCUGACAACCUUCUGAUUACCUCCAUGGGCCACAUCAAGCUCACAGACUUUGGCCUCUCAAAGAUGGGUCUGAUGAGUCUGACCACCAACCUGUAUGAAGGCCACAUAGAGAAGGAUACUCGGGAGUUCUUGGAUAAACAGGUGUGUGGAACUCCGGAGUACAUCGCCCCGGAGGUUAUUCUCCGUCAGGGUUAUGGGAAGCCGGUGGACUGGUGGGCCAUGGGCAUCAUCCUGUAUGAGUUCCUGGUGGGCUGUGUGCCUUUCUUUGGAGACACGACAGAGGAGCUGUUCGGCCAGGUCAUUACAGAUGACAUAGUGUGGCCAGAAGGGGACGAGGCUCUCCCUCUUGACUCCCAGCACCUGAUCUCCUCCCUUCUGCAGACCAAUCCACUGGUUCGACUGGGCACAGGUGGUGCUUUUGAAGUGAGGCAGCACUCAUUCUUCACAGAGGUGAACUGGAACAGCCUGCUCAGACAGAAGGCCGAGUUCAUUCCUCACCUCGAGUCCGAGGAAGACACCAGUUAUUUUGACACCCGAUCGGAGCGCUACCAUCACGUGCAGUCAUACGAUGAGGAGGAUACCAACGACGACGAACCUGUGGAGAUACACCGCUUCUCAUCCUGCUCCCCUCGCUUCAGCAAGGUGUACAGCAGUAUGGAGCAUCUGUCCCAGCUGGAGCAUAAAACCCCUGGCGUGACUCUACGGGAGCACAAGGCCCCCAGGGAGGACCGAGUGGCCAAGAGGGAAAGCCUGGGUAGCGUCACCCUCAGGGACAAGAGCUGGAGGACCGGAUCGCCCGAGAUGAAGCGCUUUUCCUGCUCCGAGUCCUCCUUCACCGAGAGCGACUACAGCCCGCCGUCCGGGGCUCGAAGACGCUUCUCCGCCCUCAUGGAUACACACCGCCUGGCCUCCCCGCUGGAAGUGGACUCUGAGCUGCCGGUCCCCAGCAGGCAGCCUCCAGUGAAGGCCAGAGGGGCUUCCCUGGAAGGAGCCAUGGGGCCCAUCACCUCUCAAGGCGAGCUGAGAACCCUCCUUAAAGAUAGCAACGGGCAGGCAGCUGGAGGUAAGAAGGGGCGCGGCAGCACGACGUCACUGAACACAUUCGAUCGAUAUACCUCCGCGGGGCCCCCCGGGGUCGCGGACCCCCUUUUAAAGACCCCUGUUUUCCGGCCAACAUUUUUAAAAUUUUUUUGGACCCGCUACCCGCCGUUGGGCCCUUCCCGGCAGUGCUGCGGGCCCCCCGGGCCCCCCGGGGGGCCCAACCACGGCCCUGGCCCCGCGGGGGGUUCGCCCCCGCAGCUCUCAGCAAAAAGGGGGAGAAAGGGAAAACUAAAGCCCGGGGAACCCAAAGUUAUCAAAUCUGAAAUCUGCUCGGGCUCUGCCCUGUCAUCCCCUGCAGUGGAGCAACAUGUUGCUUCCCCGCUAGCGAGCCCCAUGUCUCCUCGCUCCGUCUCGUCCAACCCGUCCUCCCGGGACUCCUCGCCCAGCAGAGACUACUCCCCCAUGGUCAACGUCCUGCAUUCUCCAAUCACCAUCCACCGCUCGGGGAAGAAGUACGGCUUCACUCUCCGAGCCAUCAGGGUCUACAUGGGAGACAGUGAUGUUUACAGCGUACAUCACAUUGUCUGGCAUGUGGAGGAUGGAGGCCCCGCCCAGGAGGCGGGACUUAGUGCUGGUGACCUCAUCACUCAUGUAAACGGGGAGUCAGUCCACGGUCUGGUCCAUACAGAGGUGGUGGAACUGAUCCUAAAGAGUGGGAACAAGGUGACCGUUACAACUACUCCAUUCGAGAACACAUCUAUAAAAGUGGGUCCUGCCCGCAAGUCCAGCUAUAAAUCCAAGAUGGCGCGACGCAGCAAGAGGACAGGAGCCAAGGAGGGACAAGAGAAGAAGCGCAGCUCCCUGUUCAGGAAAAUCACCAAGCAGUCCAACCUGCUCCACACCAGCCGGAGCCUCUCCUCUUUAAAUCGCUCUCUUUCAUCUGGAGACAGUCUCCCGGGCUCGCCCACCCACAGCCUCUCCGCCCGCUCGCCCACUCAGACGUACCGCUCCACUCUCGCCGAGUCCCCUUAUCUGGGCGCGUCCUCCCAGAGCAGCUCCCCAGCAUCCAGCACCCCCAACUCCCCGGCAGCCUCUCACCACAUGAGGCCCAGCUCCCUGCACGGCCUCUCCCCCAAACUCCACCGCCAGUACCGCUCCGCGCGCUGCAAGUCUGCCGGCAACAUCCCUCUCUCCCCCCUGGCUCACACCCCGUCCCCGACCACCUCCUCCCCCCCGCCUCUCAGUGGCCACACGGUGGGGAGCUCCAACACCACACAGACCUUCCCCGCCAAGCUGCACUCCUCGCCUCCCGUCGCCCGCCCCCGCCCCAAAAGCGCCGAGCCGCCCCGGUCUCCCCUGCUGCAGCGGGUGCAGUCGGCGGAGAAGCUCGGCGGGCCGAUUUUGCCUUCCUCCUCUUCGUCCUCGUCGUCGCCCUCUCCUCUGACGGGCGGGGUUUCGCUAAGGAAGCACAGCCUGGAGGUGGCGCACGGGGAUUACAGGAGAGAUUCCUUCCACUGUGAGCACAGUCUGCAGAGUCUGCUAGAGAUAGAAGGAGAGAACGGACCCGCUCCUCCAUCUCCUUCAUCCUCUUCCUCCCCCUCUCCUCCAAUGGGAGGGGAGAUCGGGAGCCUGAAGCCCGCCAGGAGGAUGGGAAGACAGGAGUCGCCGCUCAGCCGGGACACCCUGCUCCCGCCAAGAGAGAAAGAUACCCAGACGGCAGUGUCCGAGAUCACCGGAGCGCAAACUGCGAGCACGGCUGCUAAAGCUGAGUCCAAGAGCAACGCUGUUGACACGUGCAAAACUAAACCCGCCGCUGAGGAUCUAAAACAUAACGCAUGUGUUGCAGAAGGGAAGUCGAGUCCGGCGCUGGUUUCAUCCGCUUCAGAAGCCAAGUCUCAAAAAGUAAGUGAUUCAAGUUCGGAGGCAACAGCCGUCUCCAAGAAUAGUGAGAAAACGUCUGCAUCAGUGGGGCCGCAGCAACAAGACCGUAAGCAGCAGGGUGUACAGACAGAGAGUGGACCUGCAUCUAAAGCUCAGGAAAAGACUGAGGAGAAAGGGAAAGGCGCUGCAGAGAAAGGAAGCGUGCAGAGAGCAUCCUCUGCAGAGCAGCCCAAGCCUCGUACAGGCACAGAGACCCGAGAGAGAGGAUGCACCGCUCCCAAAGUCAAAGGCCCAGCUCCGCCCAUUCCCACCCAGGUUCAGCCCUACACUGCGGCUCACGGAUCCGCUGCCGCCAGAUCCAAAAUGGAGAAGGUAUCAAGCAGUUACCGUGGCGCCAAGGAGCAGAGAGCACACCUAGAAGUCCUGGAGGAGAAUCCCGUGUCGCCCACGUCUAACGCGGCCCCGUUGUGCUCCAGCAAGUCUCGACCGAUGUCUCCGGGGGACAAAGCCAGCUUUGUCACCCAGCUCACGAGUGUGGCCAAAACAGUGCUCGGGCCCAUGAAAGGGGGGCCGCAAGAGGGGGCCAAGGUAAAAGACAUGUCCAAGUCGAGCGAGGAGAAGCGAGGAAACACGGCAGGAAAGCCCGAGGCUUCGUCUGGGGGGGGGCGCCGGGGGGGGCCGACGGCCCCCUCGGCAGCGAGCGCUGCCGCCGUCCUGUCGGAUAAAGGAAACAUCCGGAGCUCCAAGCAUCACUCGUGAUUCAGAAAAUAGUCGGACUCUCCCAUGUAAUGCCUUUUACUGUAGCAUCACACUGACAUAUCACGAAUCCACAUGGCUGUGAAUGGAGAGGAGACACAAACGCCUGAUCACAUGACACCAAAUAGACGACGUGUGACACGUAGCAACGGUGACUAUGUUUACCUGCACAUUAAUAUUCCAGUUUUUUAGCCCUUAUUGCCAAAAAGACAACAUUCAGACUAAGCUGUUGACACGGCUAAUGAAAGUAAAUAUUCCACUAAUACUCCCGUUUAAAUGCAGUCAUGAAGGGCGCCCAGAUAGCUCCGUUGGUAGAGCGCGCGCCCCCAUGUAUAGAGGUUCAGGCUGAAUCUCAGUUCUCUAUCUUACCCCAAACCCUUACCCUAGGUUUUGCACCUUCACGCGAGACUAAGGGCUGUCCCAAUGCUCUUUUUGAUCGAGGGGUAGGGCUAAGACAAAGGGGUCUAUGUCCCUUGUUACUGAGUGAGGACGCAAGCUGACUUGUCAACAAGGGGUGGCCAUGUACAUACGUUGCGCAACAAGCAACAAUGGCUGCCGCAUCAAGCAGAGAGACCCAUAAAUGUUAAAGUAUUUUCGGCUUAAAUAAUUGAUUAAAAAAAGUCUUGUUUUGUGCUCUAUACCGUUUUGUACAUAUAUACUUGCAACCAUGUUCUCAAUUGAAACUUUUUAAAUAUAGCUAGCUUGCUAUGCUAACGCUAAUCGCUAACCCUAACUCCUCAACGCAUAGGGCCCGAAUUCGCCUUUGCUCAUGUCUAUGCCCCCCCCUCUCCCUUUCACAUCUUCAGAUUGUCCUGUCAUUAAAGGCCUAAAAUGUCCAAAAGAUAAUCGUAAAAAAAAAAAUGACCACCUUCUUGAAAAAGUCGGCAUAGUGACGUGUGCACAGAUCCAAAAACCUGUUGAUAUCAAUCAAAGUCUUUCAUAAUGUUUAACCUUCUGAGGACAAAAGACAAUGGCGAGUCCACGCGAUUUUUGUAUUUAAUUCAUUUAUUACACUACUUUUGUGAACCCAAGAUUUUUGUAAAUUCAUCAAAACCGUUGAGUGUGGGUUUGUUUUCACGAGAGAUUUCAAAACUUUCAAAAAGCGAACAUCAACUUUUCAGCUUCAGGGCCAAAUUAUUUCCUUACACAUUGCUCUG